AUGCGCACAUUCGCUCGUUUAUAUGUGCCUGCCUUGUUCGCCAUUGGCGUGGAAUCCAGAGCCAAACAUGUAAUCAGAUUGAUCGCCCUAGACCUCCUUUCUUGGAAUCCUUUUUCUCCGGUUGAUGCUCCACAAGAGGAAUGGCACGCCCCCGAAGCCCCACAGCCUCCAUCUCCUCCCCUCGAUCCUCCGGACGAUGCUCAAGAGCCUGCGUUUGCAUUGCCCCCAACGCUUCCUCCUCAUUUUGUCGCGAGCCCUGGCCAUGCACCAAUUGCGCCCGGUCCCCAGCGUUCAGGUCCAAUAUACACAAAUACGACACCGACAAGCGCCCCAACGCCAGUGGUACCUACAUUAGUCACUUUCACUCCUCCUUUGCCACCAACCCAUUUUCCACAGGCUACCCCAGCCAACCAAACGUCGUCUUCCACAUCCAACUCAUCCUGCACAGGCUGCUUCCUUGCAGCCAAACGUCCUAUAACUACUUGGUUUGAUUCUUCAGGCCUUGCUGAACGCUGGACUAGCACGGUUGUGACCGAGACCAUCGUUACUGAGUACAUCACCUAUGUGAAUAAUGGCACCAUCGACACGGUCGUUACCCAGGAACACACUGUCAAUCAAACAAAAACUGUAACAGGCAGUAACAAUGAAAUCAUUACUCACACUACGCCCACGUUCACUGUAGAAGUUACGGAUGGGGUACGCCUACAGUUCGAUGCAGGGCCCACCUAUGUUAUCUACAACCAUAUAUUCGGUGGACCAGACCAAUAUAUCAACUUGCAGUUAGGCGACAGCAACGAGACUUUCGCGGAAUGUGUGCCCAAGGAGACUUCGCUAAAAAACUGGGAGCCGCCCAGGACUGCACUACAAGACUGGACCCAUUUGGUAGUAACCCACACGGAACCACUACAAACGACCACCAAAAACCAAUACGAUUUCCCAUUGCCCACCCAGGUCCUUCAAUACCUUGAACAAGAGCCAGCCAUUCAGUCGCAAUUUUGGGGCCUGGAUCUUGCUUCAUGUUCCUUUCGCAAACCCAGCAUCAGUGAUUCCCUCCAGCUAUCCUUGCCCCAUCCUGGUUCCCCAGUACCUACGCAGCCUGGUGUGGGGUUGCCGCCUCCUCCUGUUGCUGCUUCGCCUACGCCCACGUCUCAACCGAUAUUUGCGUCGCCAACAACAUCGACCUUCCUUUCGACAACAUACGAAUCUACUUCUGUUCACAACACAGUGCGAGGUUGUUUGAGAUGCCUCCCUGACUCCCCGGUGUCAAUCAAAGCUGAUCUGCCUUCACCAACUCCUGCGAGCAACCCCGAUAUACAUAACUUUGUACCCCCGUCAAACGAGCUCAACAAACCAAGUGACAACGUACCCAGACCUUUGAAUGUACCUAGGCCCACCCCAAGUGCGCCUGGACCGGUUGCAAGCCCUGGUGGACAAGUUUCAGACCAGUCCGAGAGACCGGAUCACCAAGAUCAAGACUUUUCAAAUUGGCCUCCUCCUGUGAUUGUCAUUGGAGGCCAGACACUCAGACCAGGGCAAACUCAAACCGUCGACGGAGUUCCUGUUGUUGUUCCCGUUGUUGUUCCCGGGAAUGGUGAGGGAGCAAGGAUUAUUGUGGGCAGUAGCACAGUUGCUCUCGAUGCAGCAGUAACACCAGGACCCCCCGUGCUCACUAUCGGUGGGGGAACAAUCGCUGCCAACCCACAAGGAGAGUUUGUCUUCGGGACGGAAACUUUGAAGCCAGGAGGCCCGCCUGUCAUUGUCAAUGGAAACACUGUUAGCCUUGGCCCUGGUGGUGUUGCUGUUGUCAAUGGCGCCACACAGACUAUUACUGCUGGGCUUCCACCUUCUGUCACUGUCCCUCCUGCAUCGGUUGUAGGUGAUCGUACCAUAUUUGCGACAGUAGUUGGGGGGUUAACGGUCGGUGUUGUAGAGCCUGGUCAGGCGGUAGGCGCAGGCAGUUGGGUUGUGGUUAGUGGCCAAGCAGCUUAUGUACCCGCUCCUGGCUAUACUCUCACGCCCGGUGGCGUUCUUACCCUGGCCGGAAUAACAUACUCUCUGCCUCAAGGCGCACCGGGUGGUGGUGGUGUUAUUGUGAUCAACGGUCAAACAGCUUACGUACCCGCUGCUGGUCAAACCCUCACACCUGGCGGCGCUCUUACCAUUUCGGGAACUACAUACUCCUUGCCCGAGGGUGCACCGGGUGGUGUUGUUGUGAUCAACGGCGUUACAUCUACCAUGACUCCUGGUGCUGUUAUAACACCUGCUCCUGCGCUGACGAUCAGCGAUGUCACGUACACACAAACAGUAAGAGACGGAACAACAGAGUACGUGUUGGGUAAUGGCACGACGCUUGUACCUGGUUCCACGGUUGAAAUGGAUGGAACAACAUACUCUUUAGACAAGUCAGGUACAGCCUUGAUUAUCAACGGACAAACGAGCACCGUCCAAAGUUUCCCGAAGAGUAACAGUGCAAGCACUACCAGCUCAAGCAUGGCAUUUGUAACGACAAGUCGCGAUGCUGGCGAUCUUAUUGCCAGUGGUAUAGGCCAGACCAGCAAAGGUGCUGGUGCCUCAGUACAGCAUGCAGGCUUCGACAGAUGGGUUGAGGGCCUAGUCGUUGGCGCUGCCGGUUGGUUGUUGAUGUUAUUUUAA